CAGCCUUAAAUCUAGUUACUGACGUUUGGAACGUGCUUCUGUAAACUAGUUUUAAAAAAGCUUCUCCUGUUAAUUCAUUCACAGUUCACUGUGCCUCUUGUUGCAGAGGGAAGAAAAGCUGAUUUAGCAAUCUAAAUGGACGCAAUACUGAAUUACAGGUCGGAAGAUACCGAAGAUUACUACACGCUCCUGGGAUGUGAUGAACUGUCUUCGGUUGAACAAAUCCUGGCAGAAUUCAAGGUCAGAGCCCUGGAAUAUCACCCCGACAAGCAUCCUGAAAACUCCAAAGCUGUGGAGACUUUUCAGAAACUGCAGAAGGCAAAGGAGAUUCUGACUAAUGAAGAGAGUCGAGCCCGCUAUGACCACUGGCGAAGGAGCCAGAUGUCGAUGCCAUUCCAGCAGUGGGAAGCUUUGAGUGACUCGGUAAAAACGUCAAUGCACUGGGCUGUCAGAAGUAAAAAGGAUCUGAUGCUGGAAGAAUCUGACCAGACUCGUACCAGCAAGACUGAAAAUGAGGAAUGGAACGAGCAAGGAGAAACAAAGAAAGAGGAGCUGGAUUCAACCACAGAGAAAAUGGAGCAGAAAGAAUCUGAGUCUCUGGAGAAGUCAUUCUCCCCACAAAAUCCAGAGUCUCCAAAUCUGAUGGUGGUUACGAGAUUAAUCACAGCAGCAAGGAUCGAUGACUAAUGCAGCUAUUGAGAGGGGUCUUUAAUUUCCUGGAGGCAAAAACCAUUACCCGCCACCUCCACAUCACAGAAGAGGAGAUGCCAGGACUACUGGGGAAUCAGUGAUGGAAGAAAUUGUAAAACUGAUGCAAUUACUGAGAAAAUGAUGAAAUGUCUCACAAUGAAAGGCUUCAAUUCCCUUCAAUUUGAGGUUUUGUGAUAUGUAUCAGUGUGGCUAUGUCUUCAGCAUUAUUACUUCUCGGCUCUCUGUGUCAUCUUUCCCUCAUUUGGGGGAAUAUUUUGCAUCAGGCGGCUCAUUCUCGUCCUUUCUCCUCCUACCCAGGCUCUUCCAUUUCUUCCAAUGUCUUUGCAUUCAUGAUUUCUUGUAUUAAUUAGCUGCCAAGAGUAAACGUUUUCCUAGUGGAAUCUAGGUUAGGUUUAUGGAAAACUAGACCUUUCUCUGAUUCUAACCUAUGGUGGGAUUUAGGGAAAAUCACUUGAGCUCUCUGAUCCCGUUUCUUCUACCUGUGGCUGGAAAUAAGCAUCCCCCCUUUGUAGAACACAGGCUCUGGGCUCCGAACCAGGUCCAGAGCUGCCUGUGGGAGCCAGGACACUGUGGGAACUGGUGAGGAGUGUGUAGUCCAGAAGUAGAAGUCAAGGAUUAGCAACGACAGGGAAGGCAGAGAAUGAGACUGUGUCUUCUCCAUCAUUCUUUCUAAUAACUCUUCUUACUGUUCUUUUAAAAAAAAGGGCAGAGAUAGCAAGGGAGAGAUUACAGUUAAGUAGAUAUAUCUAUAUAUACACCGGUUCCAACCACCUCAAUUAUCUUUUCACAUUCGGCUGAAUUAGAUGCCAUUCUUCGUAGCAUCCCGCUUCUGAAGAUAAAGGUGAUUUGUCUUCAGAAUAAAGUAUAUGAAGUAAGCUUAUAUUUAAUAUAUUAAAUAGAAGGAAAGUAUAUUAAAUAUUUUCCAGCUUGUUAGAUGAUUAGGGGAGGCUCUAAAACAGGGUCUAAUAAUGAUAAUAAUAAUAGUGACUCCUAUCUUUAACAGUUUCCAAAGCAUUUUCUCAUGAAUCUUGUUUGAACCUCACAACUGACUUCACUUUCUUGAGGAAUUUGUAGCUUUUGUUACAUUCCAAAAAUCAUGAUAGAAUGGAAAACAUUAUUUUAUUUUUAGUUUUUUCUUAAAUCAUUGGUUCUCAACCUUGAAAUCACCUGGGGAGCAUGAAAAUCCUGAUGACUGGAUCCCACCCCAGAGGUUCUGAAAAAGAAGCUGACAUGAAGGUUGUUCACCAGAAAACACCUGAAGAGGAAUGAUUAGCUCUGUGCCCUUAGGCAAGUCUUUACUUUUACUUCUCUGAGCCUUGCUUCCUCUCUUGUAAAAUGAGGACAUGUAAACCUCAUUUUACCAAGAAAUGAAACGAAACCAGGAAAAUUGUGGUUUUCCUGUGGAACAGUCUGGUUUUGAUUCUUCUCUUCUGGACUAAAUUCAAGGAAUCAGGGAGUCUAUGCAUCAAGGCGGGGGCACUCUGCUGGCAGACAUCCACGGUGGCAACAUCCAUGGUGCAACGUGUGUGGUUAAGAGGGUGGCUCUGGAGGCAGCACCUAGCCUCAGUGUAACCUUAGGCAAGCUCAUUAACCUCCCUGUGCCUAGUUUCCUCAUCAGUAAAACGGGAUAGUAACUACUUGAUGUGGGACACAAAUGUCUACCAUUAAUAGUAGAAAUUGGGAAAGAAAAUCAGAGAGUGACUAAAACUAUUUUUUCCCAACACCUUUCCAUUCUCUAGAAUGGUGCUCCAGCAUCCCCCGGGGGCUUGUUACAAAUGCAGAUUAUUGGACCCCACCCCUGACCUACUGAAUCAGAAUCUGUGAGGGGUAAGGCCCAGGAAUCUGUUUCGAAUCUCUCUGGAAUCUUGAGGGGAUUCUCGUGCAUGCUAGAGUUUGAAUGGCACCAUUCUAGAAUCUUGCUCCCCAAAGUGUGAUCCAGAGACGAGAAUCAUCAGCAUCACCUGGGAACUUAUUAGACAUGCAGAAUCUUGUGCCCCACUCUGCAUCUGCUAAAUUGUAACCUGUGUAUUAACAAGAUCCCUAGGUAUUCCUACGCACG